CAAUUUGCAGCUGAGGUCGUGGGCGAGCAAGCUUUCAUACUUAUCAAACAACAAAUUCAAGAACCUUACCAGUUCGCAAGUCAUAAUAAUUCCAGCUCACAUCCGAGCCAGAGGCAAGCAGCAGCGCUCCUCUGCAGCACGCCGGCAAUUGCAGUCUUACCCAAGACAUAUGCUUACUUUGCUGUGACCUGCUCUCUGGACUGGGACGCCCAACCCUCAGUUGUUCUUCGCGCCGCGCUGUCCAUUUGAACCCAGCAGGACGACCUAGCGCGGGGCUUGACAGGAAUAAAUCAACAUGAGUGCAGGUAGCCAGUUGUUCGACUUGGAGAGCAAUGCUCCGAAGCUUCGACUGCAGCGAGAGUGGAACGACAAGGAUGGCCAACCGACUGAGCAAGUGUGGGCGAUCAGCUUUCCUGAUAACCGCCCUGCCGAAGUCUACCUGGAUGCGAGCACCGGUCACGCCGUGCGCACCAUCCGGGAAUGGGCGGCAAGCCGCUGCAAAUGGGCCGACCGGAAAAGGCUCAUCAGCGCUCUCCCGACCCUCGUGGUGUCGGGCCUCACCAAGACCGGCAAGUCCUACACGCUCAACGAGGUGGUGGUUGCGGUGCUGGCGGCGGCGCUGGCUAGGGAGCCGCCCGGGCACCGCCUCAAGGGCAUACGCGUGCUGCGGCUGAACUGCAUGGACCUGAACCGCAGGAACGGCGGCGGCGCGCUGAUGUACGACCUGCUGAGCGUGCUGGUGGAGUGGGCGGUGGCGGCGGACGUGCGGGUCAAUGACGUGGAGUGGCGCAAGGCGCAGGCGGUCCUGGCCGACGGCCCCCACGGCGUGUCCAUGGUCACGCGCGCCGGCCGAGCCGUGGCGGAGCUGUUCGAGCGCGGCUUCCAGACGCCCGUGCUGGUGUUGAUGGACGAGCUGCACGCGCUGCUGCAGCCCACUACCACUGACGACGGAGGGCAGGAGCAGCUGGCCCGGGGGGACGCCGCCUUCAUAUGCGACGGCGUGCUGCGCCGGAUCCUGAUCAACACCCCGCCGCACGUGCUGUGGGCGGUCACGGCCAGCAACAUGGCGCUGGUGUGGAUGGCCCUGGCGGCCAUGCCCGUGAACGGCACGGCGCCGCUGAACCAGAUCGACACGGUGCACCUGCCCGCCUCGGUCCCGCCACACUUGAUGCAGGAGCUGGCGGUACACAGCCUGCCGCAGCUAGGCCUGUCGCAGCCGGAGCAGCUGCAGGAGCUGGAGCUGGAGCUGCAGCUGCAGCAGCUAGGCCCGUCGCAGCAGCAGCUGCAGGAGCUGGAGCUGGAGCUGCAGCAGCCGCAGCGGGCACUGGGGCAGGCGGAGCACCAGCAGCAGGCACUGGGGCAGGCGAUGACGCUGCUGGAGCGUUCAGGCAACUCGCCGGCCGCGUUCAUGACGAUGGUUAAACUGUGGGCCGUAGAGAAGGAGCUGUCCGCCGUGGACAUCAUCACGUUUGCGGACGAAUUCAUGAUGAACAAGCUAUUUAUGGAGGCGGUGAAGCAGUGGAGCCUGGCCCUGGCGCACAUGUCCGACGACGACCGCCGCCGGGUGCUGGACCUGGCAGACGUGGUGCUGGGCGCCGACAUCUUCGGCUUUCCGGACCGGAGUAUCUGGCGCUUCCUGGCGCCGUACAUGCUGAAGACGGAGCAUGGGCGCUACUACCUGGCUGACCCCAUGCAGCGGCUGCUGCUGCGGGCGGCUAUCGAACGAGGUGGCAAGCUGUGCACGAGCUUCACAGGCCUGUGGGAGGAGGGCCUGACGCUGGUGCAGCUGGACUGGGGCUGGCUGCUGCUGCAGCUGGGCGAGGUGGCGGACUACCUGGUCGGGCAGCGCCGCCCGCCCAAGGGCUUCCCCAGCCGCGUCGAAGGCGCCACUGAGCUUACCGCCAUGCUACAGGAGUUCACAACCAUUGCGAAGCUGCCUGGUGCCAAGGGCGUGAGCACAGCUGACCGCUGGGGGGCGCUGCCCGCGUUCCAGAAGGCGCUGAAGUCACCAUACAACACGGGCAGCCGCGCCUGGUUCGAGAUGGAGGGCAAGGACAACAAGCUGCAGAGCGACCUGGACCACCUGGUGUUCUUCCUGCGGCUGUGCCGCAACGUGCUGGCGCGCCGCUGGCAGCAGCAGCAGCAGCAGCAGCAGCAGCAGGGCCUGGAGGACAUCCUGCAGGCGCUGGUGAUGGCGCUGCCCGAGAUGGUGGGCAUGAGCGCGCAGGCGCUGGCCGAGCGGGUGCGCACCGGCAUGGGCAAGCUGGAGCCGGCCACCAUCAAGGCGGCUGCUGCUGCCGCAGACGCCGCGGACGCCGAGGAGGAGCAUGCCAGUGCCGCCAGCCCCGGCAGCGCCUCCAGCGCAGGCAGCGACUCAAGGGCAGGCAUCGGCAGCGGCAGCGCCCCAAGCACCCGCAGCGCCGGAAGCACCAGCGGCCCAAACGGCCCCGAAGCCAGCGCCAGCGGCCCCAGCGGCGUUGCCGGCGCCAGCGCUUCCAGCAGCGGCAGCGCCCCAAGCGCUGGCAGCGCCCCAAGCGCCCCAAGCGCUGGCAGCGCCAGCGGCCCCCACCCCAGCGCCAGCACCCUCAACGCCAGCGCCGGCGCCCCCAGUAAUGCCGACGGCGUCAGCGCCAGCGCACCCAGCUUCGGCGGCGCCGGCGCCAGCAAGAAACGCGGAGGACGCCGGCGCAGCAGUAGCGUGAAGCACGGCAGUGGCGGCGCCGGCAGCGGUGCCGGUAGCGGCGCGGACCCUGCCAGCGGGGGCGGUACACCUGCUGCAACUGGCGGCUGCGGGCCCGGCAGCAGCUGCUCAACGGCGCGCACCUCCCUGUCCAGCAGCAGCGGCGGUGCACCGGCGGCUGCUCGGCGGCGCCUGCUGGCGGGCAAGGCGGUGGUGCCGCACACGCGGGCGAUGCUGCCCGCGUCGGCAGUGCGGCGCCCCGACCUCAUGCGCGUCAAGGCCACGGCGCGGGCGGCAUUUCGCUUCAGCUAGUUGCGACUAAUUUUGUCGGGCUUGGUGAAACACGAAGGUGCAGUAUGCCUCUGACAUGGCCGGGAUUAUAAGAGGCCAGGACCUAAUAAGCAGCAGGAUGUAAGUAGCAGGAUGCUCGCGCUGUGCAUCUAAGGACACCUGUGUUAUUAAUGGAGAUGGCGGGGUUCCGUAGCAGCUGCAGAGGCAACCUAUACCGGCAGCUCAACGCCUUAUGGAACCCCGCCCUCUCCAUUAGAAACACAGUGUCCUGGAUGCAUAGCACGAGCAUCCUGCUACUUACAUCCUGCUGCUUAGGUCCUGCUACUCCUACGGCACGCCCUGCCUCUGUUACUUACUGCUGGCCUCUCGUUCAGUCUCCAUCCAUCGUGCGCAUCGUCUCCAAGUUAACUAAACACACGGGCGCGCACGAUGGAUGGAGACUGUACGAGAGGCCAGCAGUAAGUAACAGAGGCAGGGCGUGUCGUGUCGCGUACAUGUUGCGCAGCGCAGUAGGAAGACGGCAGCGAACGGGGCAGGGGAAUGCCUAAAGCUGCAUAGAAGAUUGAUUUCUGGUGGAGCUGAUGGAAUGGCAAAUGUUGCUGUUUAUGCAUCAAUUGAUUUCCGUUGUGACCAGGGGAGACUCUCCCCUGAUUGUGACCGUGCAUAUGAGGAGAGAAUGUUGUCAUGCUGGGGGCUCUGUUUCUUGGUCAGGAAUGAAAGCGUAGCAGCGUGCGUUUCCAUGCGGAGGGCGGGGGCGGGCAAUCGUUUUGCACCUUUGACCUCCGAUUUUGUCUACGCUGGCUGAAGCUAAGUUGUCAAAAUCUGUGUGUAUCGCAUGACCAACUUUGGAGCGAGUGGGCAGGAUGUUGGACCGGGUGGAUCGGACCGGGUCGACCCGAUGUGCGUUGGCAGCCUUGGCCGCCGUGGGUGGCGCACGGUGCACAACGGAAAGGACUGGUAGCAAGCCGAAGCCAGAACCUGGCAUCAGGCAUCAAGCAAGGAUAAGAGCCAGGAGGCCGCGCGGGUGUAGCUCAGGCCUUACUUACCAGGUCAUGCCGCCAGGGAGGGCUUCCCGAGAGUCCUCAACGUGCCGCCGUGCGGUGUAACAAUAUGUGCGCGUUUGUCGGGAUUCGGAUGCACCGCACCGCGGCCUGACCAUGUCGCCUGCAGUGGCUUGGGGUCCGCAAUUGGGCUCGGCUGCGGUCCGGUAGCGGGCAGGAGUUGAAGCAGGAGUUGAAGCAGGAGUUGAAGCAGGAGUUGAAGCAGGAGUUGGCU